AUGGAGAUCUUAGACAUGAUGCCAGUGAUGAUGAUUUACUUGCAUGGAUUUACUCAAAUAGCCUAUUUACUUGCAGAUAAAAGAAAAUACAAGGGAACACGAUAUAUCACUGAGGAUCUGCUCAGGCGAUUGACUAAAUGUGAAUAUUUAGCUUUUGUUUGGACUCUGGAUCUGUCUACAUCUACAAGUAGUGACAAACAAUUCAGGUAUAUUGAAAACUUGGACAAGUAUGAUCACCUGCAGAUUCUUAACCUCAGUGACAACAGGAUCGAAAGAAUUGAGAAACUCGAGAAGCUAUGCAAAUUACGGGAACUCCACCUUUCCAAUAAUAGGAUAACAAAAAUUGAAGGUCUAGAGCACAUGACAAGUCUUCAGGUUCUGAAUCUUGCCUUUAACAACAUUGAACAUCUACCAGUGUGGCUGGCAAAGAAGCUCCAAUCACUUCAGACCAUAAACCUCCAGAAGAACAAGAUAUUAUCGCUUCAUGAGAUGACUAAACUGAAGCCACUGAAGAACCUGACGAGUCUGACAUUAGCAGAGAACCCUGUUUCCAGUCUGCCCCACUACUACUUCUUCCUGAUCUUCCAUCUGAGGUCACUGGAGAUAUUAGAUGGACAGCCCAUUAGUCUGCAGGAACAAGAGCAAACACAUCAGCGCAUUCACAUGGAGGAGGUUGAGCGUUUGGAGCAAGAGCUUAAGGUGAGAGCUGAGGAGAUUGCAAGGCUCCAGAGAGAGCAGGCUGCAGCACUGGAAGAACUGGAGCAGCAGGAAGCAGUCAAUCAAAGCCUGAGGCUGCAGAAUCAGGAGCAGCAGCACUCCCAUGAGCAGCUUAGGAGAGAACUGGACACAAAGAAUGAACUGAAGGUGGAGAUAGAGAACCUUUCUAGUGAGAGUCCAUAUAUAGGAAAGGCUUGUCAGAAAAGAAACAUCAUGUUCACAUCUGAGAGCAUCGAUGCAAAAGACCAACAGCAGCUUCUCUCAGUGGAUCUGACAGAGACAGACAACCCAAGAGAAAAUUACAUGUUCAGACAUGACCAACUCAGAGCUAAGGAGCAGGUCUGUGAAGCGGAGAAUGAUCAGCUCAGGCAGAAGCUUCAGAAGCUGGGAGAGAUGAGAGGAGAGAUGAAGACCCUGGAGAGACAGCUGGACAGACAGAGUUCACAGAGGAAUCAAGCCCAGGAUGAAAUGGACCAGUGGCAGAAUCUGUUGCACAGCCUGGAUCCCAGUGACCCCAAACAUGCUCAUGUGAAGGCCCAGUUGUCCAGUAAGACGCAGUUGCUGGCCAUCAUGAGCAGAAAGCAUCAAGAGCUGGAGAGAAGGCUGGAUGAUAUGAUCACACGCAUUCACAAGGAGACGCAGGAGAUAAACGAACUAGAGCAACAACUUAAUGAUGGCCAGAUAGCUGCUAAUGAAGCACUCAAGCGUGAUCUUGAGGGCAUCAUCUCUGGUCUCCAGGAGUACCUGCAGGGGGUGAAGGACCAAGCACGAAGAGCCCAGACAGACUGCAGGUGUCUACAGAAGGAGAAUGAUGCUCUGCAGCGACUUCUACAUGAGAAAGAGCUGCAAUGCACAGAGCUGGAGAAAGAAGCUGAAAGAAGUGCUGAAAGCGCCCAGGAGGAGCUGCAGUGUCAGCAGCUGGAGUUACUGGAUCUGAGAAGGGAGAAUGAGGAGUUGAGGCAGGCUCAGGGUCAGAUCAGUGAAUAUGAGGCAGAGCUAGAGACCCAGCUGCAGGAGAGAGACACUGAAGCCACACAACUAAAGGAGGAGCUGGACAGACUGCGUCGACUCAGUCAUAUGGAGCACUCUGCUUUGCAGGCGGAGCUGCAGAAGGAAAGACAGUCUAAAGAGAAUGCUUUGGCACAGAUGCACAUGGCUGCUGACAGAGACCUAGAGAACACAGAACUGCUGCAACAGGUCAAUGCUCUCCAGGAGGAGAGGGAUGCCUUUAAAGAGAGGGUAGAUUCUCUUCAGAGCGAUUUGGAGCAGGUCAGGAAAAAUUUUCUGUGCCCAGAGCGUGUGGCAACUCAUUUAGAAGAGCUGAGAAGAGGCAUAGGUACAGGACAAGAGGGACAGAGCCUUGAAGACCUUGGUGAAUCUGUGAAUAAGAGUGUCAUGGAGCUGAAACAGGAGCUGCAUCGUGUGGUAUCUGCUGCUCAGAGAGAUAGCGACGAGGCUCAACGCUGUCAGGACAGACUCACUGGAGAGAUGAGGUCCCUCAAUGAGAGACUCAGGAGGUACCAAGAGAGUUACCAGGUGGAACAGACUCAGCCGUCAGCAGAGAGGCGGGGUGAGAAGGCAGAGCUCCACAGAUUGAGGGAGGAGCUAGAAGAUGCUCGUGAGCAGCAGUAUUUGAUGCUGCAGCGUCUGGAGGAAACAGAAAUUGAAAGGGAUCGCCUGCUUGCUGAAUUAGAAGAACAGGAUAAACAGAUGAAAGCUGAGGAGACUCAGACUCAGGAACAGAUCGAGUCUCUCAAACUGGAGUUGCAGGCACUCAGGAGAUCUUUCUCCACUGCUGACAGAAUGGCUGCUCAACAACUGAACACAGCAAAAGAAAAACAUCAUUCUCUCCACAGUACUGUGGAGAAAAUUCAUCUGGAGAGAGCAAUGAAUGCAGAAGAGUCGGAUUGCACAAGGAUCCAGGCAGCUCAAGCCAUUCAGGAUCUGGCUCAUGCCGAAGCAGAGAUCCAGGUUCUUCAGAGGCUUUUGAGUGAUAAGGUUUAUGAGACAGAUGGGCAUCCCCACGGUGUCCCAAACUCCAGCAUUCGACAGCAAGAACUGGACAGAUUAAACCAAACCCUGAAAAGACAACAGGCCCAGACCAAACGCUUUAGAGAUAGACUCGCUCAAGCCAAAGAAGUUAACAAUGGCAGCCUGGAAGAGCUGCUGGAAGAGAUUGGAGCACUGAGGGAGACUCUGAUGCAACAGAAUAACUAUCUGUCCAGUUUAGGAAAUCCCAUGCCAAACACAGGAUAUUGGUACUAUGUACCACCUACUCAAAAUGCUCCUAGUCUGGGAUCUCAGGGCACACAUGACUCAGGAUUGGGCUCUGUGCAUCCUCAUUCCCCUGAGAGAGGCCGGCAGUCCAGCCAGAGAGCACACAGGGAGAGAAGACCCCCUGUUAAUGGAGGAUACUGGGUCUACUCCCCACAUCCAAAAACUCAUGGAAGGAGAGAUGCUCAGAUGUGCAGAGACAGUGGAAGAGAGAGUGAUAUGGAGGGUGUGUCUGGGCCACACUUCACUCUUCCCUCAGAUUCAGCUGCAUUAACUCUACCUGAUGGUACUGCUCUUCCUCCAGGCUCAGUUAUAUACAGUCACCCUGUAUCUGGCCUUCCCAUUGGCUCAAGUACAUUCCUUUAUGGGCCGCCCCUUGAUGGAGCCUGGAUGGUGUAUGGGCCCCCUCCCAGCAAUCUUAAUAUACCCCUGGUGCCCAAUGGAACUCUGCACUGUAAUGUGCCUGGACAUCAGGACUUGGAGAGAGAUCUGAAGCAGGCAGAGCGCAAAGUGAAAGAGGAGUGGGCUGAUAGAGCCCACGGUGAGAAAGAGCAGCUCACACUGCAGGAAAAGACAGCAGAGUUACAGCAGGAAAUCAAUCACCUGCGCAGGACUGUCCACACACUGAAGUGCCACAUGAGAUUGCAAGAAAGCCCCAUCUCUCAUGCAGAAGAGGAACAGUGUGUGUUGGGAGAAGUGGAGUGUUUGGAGAAGACUCUUCUGAAGCGCAGAGCAGAGCUCAGAGAGUCUGACAGACUGCUGCUAGAGGCCGAAAGGGAGCUCAAAGGCACAAGACUCAAGACUAAAGAGAGUGUGCAGUGCUACAAUGAAGCCAGGAGGCAGGUGGGAGAGACGGAGCGAGAGCUGAUGGAGAUUGAACAGAGAGCUCAAGACAGCGCCAAACAGCUUUUGCAUACCAAACAACAACUCAGGAAUAUUCAAGAGGAAGUUAUGGAGCUGCAGAAGAUUAAACAGGACCAAGAAAAAACUUUACAAGAAGUAAAAGAGGUACUGCUGUUUCAAGAUGCAAAGUUUCAAGAAGUCAACAGAAAGUUGGAAAAAACAACUGACAGACUGGAGGUCACUCAGAAAGAGCUCAAAGAGACCCAGAGCCUUGAGGCAAAACUCUUGCAGAGCUGCAGCGAGACAGAGAACUGCUUAACACAACGGCAAACAGAACUGGACAAACUCAGCACUCAGGUGGUGUUGCAGCAGGAGGAACUGUCUUUGCUGGACAGAAAGCUGGGACAGUGGAAACAGGAGGAGGAGGUGCUAAGGGUUUGUGUGGAGCAGCACAGGCAGGGCCUGCUAGAUGUACUCAGACAGGGAGAGGAGGAUGUCCACAGCUUGCACCAGAGAAUUCAGGAGCUCCGUGGGGAUGUGCAGUCUUUGGCUGUGUGGAAGGGAGAGCUGGACUCUGAGUUGUCCGAGAGGAAGAGCAGACUGGCUCAGUAUAAGAAAGAUCAACAACAAGAAGAGGAAACCCUGCAGAAUAUCUGUUCAGCCAUCAACAAACACAAAGCAGACCUGAAUCACGUGUUAGAAAUGGUCCAGUUGGAGACUGGUGAACUAGAGGGGGUGAAGAUUCAGCAUAACCAGAAAUUAGACCAACUGCAGAAGAACCAGGAAUCUCUACUGCAGGUGCGUGUAGAACUUCAACAUUUCCAGCAGGAGUUGCAGGAGCAGUGUGGAGAGGCUGAGAGACAGUCGAUACUGCUGGAGAAAGAGAAAGCGGAGCUGCAUGCACUAAAGCAGAAGAGCCUCUGUCUGCAACAGCAAACAGACGCAGCAGUCAGAGAGAGGAGCAGUCUGCAGGAACAGUGCAGAAACCUGGAGGCCAGACGUAUACAUGCUCAGAGGUGUUUGGAGGCAUCAGAGAAGGCAGCGAAGGCAGCAGAAACAGAGCUGCUCAAACAACAGUCAGAGCUUGACAAACUCAAACUGGACCAGAAACACACACAAGACCUCCGACAGGAGAUCAACAGAGACACUGCAGCCACACGGGAGCAGCUAGAAGAGCGUUUGAACAGACUCAAGAAACAGCUUGUGGAAUCUCAGACUGAGCUAGAUGAGAUCAGAGAGGAGGUGAAGGCUGCGAGAAGGCAGCGAGAAGAGCUUGUCAAGCAGCAGAAGGAAAAAAAGGCAGAACUGCAGGAGAGAGAGGAGAAGAUCAGGAGGAGACAACAGAAGUUGGACAGACUGGGGCAGCAGCUGCAGGAGUUUAAGGCAAAAGUAGCCGAGAAACAGACUCAGCUAGAAGAACAAAAAAAGCUGGUCAGGGAUCAGCAGCAGCAGAGUAGUGAUCUGGAGCAGCAGCAGAUGUUGAAGCAGCAGAAGCUGCAGGUAACAGAGAGAGCUCUGGCUCUGAGGCUGGACAGAAGCGAGCAGCUCACAGCUGCGGCAGCAGAAAUGGACCCGAAGAGUGUCACUCUGCAGAGGGAGCACAAUCAUUGCACUGUGCUGCAAGAGCAUGUGGCUAAGCUGGAGCAAGAGGUGUGUGAGCAGGACAUCAGUCUUCAGGCUGCUGUAGAGGACACACAUCACCUGCAGGAGGCUCUGAUGUCUAAGAGGAUCAGCACUGAGGGUCGUCUGGAGGCUCUGAGGAACCACACCCACACAGACAGGCAAAAACUGCAAGGAGUAGAGAAGGAGCGUUUACUGCUCCAAAGGGAACUGCUAACUGUGGAAAAGGCUGCUCAAGAAAACCAUAAACAAGCCAGAAGGCUGCAGGAACAGCUCAGCACCAUUUCCCAAGAGCAGCUCUGCCUCCCAGACACGCUGCAGAGCCAAGAGGAGAGUGAGACCAUGCUCUCUGUAAGGUCACAGGUGAACGCUGAGCUGGACAGGGAGCUCAAGUCAUGCUCUAGCACCUCCUCAGACACAGACAGCCUGAAAGAAAACAGUACCUGUGUUAAGCUCACCUUGGGGAAACCAGUCUACAACACUAAGGACGAACAGUGGCGAGGGGAAGCGCUUAGAGAAAGACUGAGGCAACAGGAAGACCACCUGAAGGUUCAGUUGCGCAGACGCAUGUUCUCCCAGCAGGAGGCUCUGACUCAGCGCAGACUACAGACUGAAGGCAGCAUUCAGGGUCUUCGCAGACACGUCGACAAGCUGGACCAGCUCCUCUGCAUCUCUACCAAAGACAACUCCGAUUUGAUUGACAAGGAACCCAUAAGGUGGACUCCCUGCUCUCUACAAAGCCAUUAAACAGACCUGUGCUGGCCCUAUCAGAGCCUAGAUAAGUUUCAGCCUUCUUUUGAACCAAAUGUUGGUUGAAAUCAGCAUUUUCCAUAUACAAAUGAGAACACUGAAACUUGAGGUAAAAGUACAGUGAAAGUUCACCAAGAGAUGAAAGCCAUUUAUAGACAUUUUUAGAACUUAAUUAUUUGUAACACUGUGAUGUGCCUUUUCAAUAUAUACUUAUACUAGGCAAUUGCCUUGAGAAUAUUUAAUGUUUACAUGUAAAACAACAGGGGUAGUGAAGGUUUCAGGUUUCAUCAUGCAAGUUCGUUCAUUUACGCUUUCAAUCGUUUAGUACUCAUGUAAUCGACUGUAAAAACAUGGUGCUCUAAGAUGCUGAAUGAAUGAUUUUGAAUUUAUAUUUUUACAUGACAAUCAAAAACGACCUUGUAUUCAAAGCCAUAUGAAGAGUAUUUAUUCCAACACUUAUAAUAUACAGUUUGUCUAAAAUCAAAUACAACUUAAAGUGAGUGCAAUAAAAUGAUUGUCAUUUUCUUGUCCUGUUUCUCCUUAAAGAAAAUGUUCCAAGAUUAUCACAUCAUUAUUGCUCAUAUACAGUGCAAUCAAGCAUGUAUGUGGACAAAAAUAGUCUACAGUAAUGUCUUUAUUAACAUAAUUACAAACAAAUGUCACUUAUAGAAGGCAUACUUGAGUUCAAGAUCAGUUUAGGUUUUGCUGUUUAAAGAUGUGAAAAAAGCAAGACAGUAGGAGCAAAUUAAAACAUGGAUUUUAUGUUUAAAAAACAACUCAACUUUUUUUUGUCUUUCAUUUGGUUCAUUGCAGAUGAAUGUCUAUGGAAAAAGAAACUGCUGGUUGUUACAUCAGCCCAUUUUUAUUUUCUUUUUCCCCAAAGUUGAUGACCUAGUAAACAGAACUGGGCAGAGUAUCCCACAAUCAUGUUUGUCAUGCUGUGGUUGGCUUUGCAUGACAUAUUCUUAAAUUACAGUGGGCAAAUUACUCUCAUUGUAUUGGGGAAAAUCAUGAUGCCUAUUAAGAGCAGUCUUGUCCUACUUGAUGCUUAAACCUAUAAAGAAACCCAGCACAGAGCCUACUAUUAUCAGUGUUUGGAAAUAAAUUUAAUGGAAUGUUAUCAAGGUGUUCAAAAAAGGCAAAUAUCUCUAUUACAAUUUAUUACAAGUGCAUUGCUAGAUUUCUUUUGUUUGAUAAAAGCUACAAGGUGUAAUAAUAAAAUGAGCAGCACAGUGCGAACAAAAGCAAAUCAUAAGGCAACUGAAAUUAUCGAUGUAAAAACAUGAAUAUCUCGAUAUGAUGAGGGUUUGCAGGGCCUGGAUGUUUGGUACAUGGUCCCUAAACAGGUCUGUUUCUUAAACUAUUGCUGAAUUGAUAAUUGAUUUUGAAAUAUUUAUGGAUGCCUAAGGACAGACCAAAAGAGGGAUCUUAAACCUUGUAGUGGGAAAGACUUUUAGGGAUAAUUCACAUAAAAAUGAAAAUUCUCUCAUCAUUUUCUCACUCUCAUGCCAUCACAGAUGUGUUUGUCUUUCUUCUGCAGAACACAAAUGAAGAUUUUUAGAAGAAUAUUUCAGCUCUGUUGGUCCAUACAAUGCAAGUGAAUGGUGGCCAAAACUUUGAGCUCAAAAAGCUACAUAAAGCUGCAUAAAGUAAUCCAUAAGACUCCAGUGGUUAAAUACAUUUUUGUGAUAUAGUAAAGUGAUUUACUAUAAGUUUAAUAGUAAAAAAGAAAAAGUAUUUUAUGCUGCUUUUAUGUGCAUUUUGGAGCUUCAAAGUUUUUGACCAUUUUGACUUGUAUUGUGGGGAAGCAACAGACCGGAGAUAUUCUUCUAAAAAUCUUAAUAAAUGAUAAGGGAAUGUUUAAUUUUUUGGUGAAUUAUCCCUUUAAGACCUCAGUAAUGCAACACAAGCUUCAGGAACACAGAGAGCCAAAUCAAAACUACAAAGUGCAAAAAAAAAACAUUCUCCAGGACUUAAAAUAUGUCCUCUCCUUUUCAAUACAUUACUAUAACAAUUACUAAGUAAAAAUAACU